AAAGCUCUACCCUCUUCUACAUCAUUCUAACUCAAAAAGACCAAAAACCUGUUCGUCUAAGCUAAAAUGGUGAACAUGGAGGUCACUAUCAUCUCAAAGCAAUUUAUAAAACCAUCUUCACCAUCUCUUAACCAUCACAAACCUUACAAACUCUGCCUCUUCGACCAGCUCACUCCUGUCACUUAUCCUUCAUUGGUUUUCUUCUAUCCCAUUACUGAUCCAAACUUCAACCUCCCCAAAACCUUAACCCAUCUCAAAAACUCACUUUCUGAGACCCUCACACUGUUCUAUCCAUUCUCUGGGAGGACCAAAAACAAUGUUCUCGUCGAUGAUUUCCAUGUGGGUGUUCUAUUUUUGGAAGCCAAAGUUAACUGCAAAAUGUCAGAGUAUUUCAAGCUCAAAGACACAGAGUCUCUCCACAAUUUCGUUCCUCUGCAUCCCUUUUGCAAGGAAAAUGAAACCACCUUGGUUAAUCUUCCCCAGAUUGCAUUCCAAGUGAGCAUCUUUGCUUGUGGUGGAAUAGCGCUUGGAGUUUCCUUGUGCCACAAGAUAGCUGAUGGAACCACUGUCAGUUCUCUUCUCAAAUCCUGGGCUGCGAUAUUUUCAGGGUACCCGAACAAAGUGAUACAUCCCGAUCUUUCUCGAUCAUCAUCAUUGUUUCCACCAAGAGAUUUGCCUCAGAACUACAUAGAUUUGAUGGAUCAUUUGUGGUUCAAAGAAAGCAAUUACAUCACAAGACGGUUCGUGUUUGAUGCGAAAUCCAUAACUAAUUUGAAGUCCAAGGCAAAAAGCGAAAGUGUCCCAAAACCAUCAAGGAUUGAGACAUUGACUUGUUUCAUUUGGAAGCACGCAAUGGCUGCUUCUUGGUCGAUGUCAGGAUCGCCAAGGACUUCAGUUUUGGCACACGCGGUGAACCUGAGGCCCAGGGUGAAGCCGCCACAGUCGUUGGAUGCUUCCACAGGGAAUCUGUUCUGGUGGGGAACAGUGGCUGCUAACCCUUCUUCAGAAACAGACUUGGAGCUGAACAAGUUGGUGGGGCUUUUCAAAGAAGCACUGGGUUUGUUCGACGACGAGUUCUUGGAGAGUUUACAGGGUGAAGAUGGGUUUUCAAUCAUGUCGGAGUUCUUGAACCAGCUAGAAGCAAUGCUUUCUUUAGAAUCUGAAAAGCCAGACAUUUUUGCGUUCACUAGCUGGAGUAAUAGUUUCUUUAACGAGCUUGAUUUCGGAUGGGGAAAGCCAUUUUGGCUUGGUGUUAUGGGGAAAGUGGGAGCUGCUUUUAGGAACCUGGUUAUAUUUGUUGACACACAGUGGGGCAAUGGGAUUGAAGCUUGGGUGACCUUGGAGGAGAAAUUGAUGGUUGUGUUGGAGAAUGAUCCUAAUUUUCUUGCAUUUGCUUCCCCAAAUCCAGGCAUUUCAAGUCUCUGAAUCAAUAGUGAUCAAUAUGUUUAUAUAGGAUUCCGUUUUUCUUUAAGUAGUACUAGAUAUUUGUCAGUUUGUCUAUGUUUGGGAACAAAGAGUUUUAGUUAGUUUAGUAUGCAUGAGCAAAACAAGAGGAUCACUAUAGUGCUCAAUCACUUGUCGUUUAAGAAAAAGAAAAAAAGAAAAAAAGAAAAAAAUCUAGUGUUCAUUUUUAUUGUUGUGUUUAAUGCAUGCUUUAUGUGGUAUAUACAUAUAUUGUCAAAUAUGAUGGAGAGGUUGUUGAGGUUAUCGUGCAUUACUCUCUGGGAUUGUUUGGUAUUAGGUCUGAAAUUUCAGUAUAAAUCAUCUAUGUUUCUAUGUUUAUAUAUUUUAUGGAAAAGAAAAAAAAAAAAAGAAGAAGAAGAAGAAGAAGAAGAAGAAGAAGAAGAAGAAGAAGAAGAAGAAGAAGAAGAAGAAGAAGAAGAAGAAGAAGAAGAAGAAGAAGAAAUGAUGACAAAGAUACAAAUACAAGUGUUGAGCAAGUUUCUCUCCAUGAAAUAAUUUUUUAAUCACUUUAUUAUUAUUCUUCGAUUGAACGUAUUACUUUUCUUUUUGACUUGAAUAUAGCUGUUUUUAACGGAAUAUAUAUAUAUAUAUAUAUAUAUCACAGGCAUAUGCUCCUCUGGUUACCAUUUCGCGGCAAUAUGCGCAUAUCUUUAUAUGUCAUUAACUUUGUUUCCUUAUACUACAUGCUGAUUGAUUCAAGAGAAAAAGGAGGGACUCUAUGUAUUAGGACAGCAAAUCAAGAAAAAACUGAGGCAGCUCAGGAAGCUGAGGUUUGACCAUUAUGCUCUGCACUAUUUUUUAUCCUCAACUGGUUGAUGCAUGCAGGAAACACUCUCAUGGUAUAAAAUCUUUUGGCUGAGGUAAUCAGAAAAAUACCAGGUCAAGAUUCCGGGAAAGAAGAAAAGGGAAGAAAAAAUUAAAGAAGCAGAGAGGGAUGAAAUUUUUCAGGUUCAUUAAAAAGUUAAAUAAGUAGUUUCUUUAUUAUUCUCUUUGCCAGAUUUCUUGGCAUUGUUUUGAUGCAGAGUUAAAACCGUUAUUUCAUGCAAGGAAAGAAUGCUAAUUCUAAUGUCUGUUUAACACUUACAUCAAAUACUAAUUUCUUUCAUUUUUUUUAUUUUUUAUUUUUGCCAGAUU